CACAAGCUCCAAAAAAACGCUCAGUAAACUUAAUAGUUGUCCGUGUUUUGUUUACUCACUUGUUAAAAAUAAAUAAUUUAAACUUAUAGAAGUUUUUAAUUUCAACUUAUUUAUUCGUUAAAUAAUAAUACUAUAUUGCAUGUUGGUAUAUAAAUUCCAAUGAAACAGAUCUCAAUUAACUUACGCGAUGUUCAAAUUGUGUGUAUUUAAUGUAAUAAUGGGAAAAAAUUUUCCACCAUUUGUUGGAAAAAGUAAAAAGUGUUUUUUCGAGUGAAUGUAUGAUUAAUAUUUUUUAAUACUUACAAAAUAACAUAUACAUCUUCAGAUGCUUUACUAAAAAAAAAAAAUAAUACAAUUUUAAGUGGAAAAAAAUUUUAUACAUUAUGGAACAAAAAGGACCCAGAAGCUUAGAACACUUCUUUAUAAAACAAUGUUAAGAAAAAAAGAACGAUAGUAAUGACACGAGACGGUGAAAUACCCGCCAUAUUUAACCCGAAACGGGUUAGAGCUCCAUCUGUGGUUGUUACUGGUGAAUCACCAAACGGUCCCUAUGGAGGUUUCACUAAUAUUCUCAACACCAGUAAUCCACAAAUUGCCCACCAAGAUUCCGUGUCGUCAAGUCAACAAGAUCCCAUUGAAUCAAUUACAAUACAACACCAGCAGAUAUCUCAUGAAAUAAGAGAGCACUGUAGGGGUUACGGUAGCAGUGGAGGCAUUGAUGCUGAAGCCUCCAUUGCUGAUACACCUGAAGCAACUGUUGUGCAUUUUAAGAGGUUGAGAGCCUGCAAGGAAAGAUGCUGUUCCGAACUGGCACAAAAGAGAAUAUGUUUUUUACCCUUGCAGAUGUAUUUUGGAGUAUGUGUUACUAUUUUGGUAACAGCUUCUUGGGUCGGAGCUACACAUUGCAUAAAGUUCUUGUACCUUAGUCGAAGUACAUAUAUUAAUCCGGAUGAGUUCGAAAAGGAAGGUUUCAAAGACAAUGGAGAUAUGGAUGAGCAUGACGGGGUUAUGGGUUUUGGAUCUGGUUUCAACGAAGUCGAAGAUGCCACAAAGAUGUUCCACGUUCCGCGCAAUACCUUAGCGUCAACCAUAUUCAAUGCACCAUUUUUUGCUUCGUGGUUUUUUACGAACUUUGCUUUUUUAUUUUUUCCAAUUUAUGUACUUGGAAGGGUUGCGGUCAGAAAAUGUGAUAAGCCCGGAGAGAUACUUGGAGAUGUUCUAAGAGGUUUCCGGGAUCGAGGUUUUACUAUUGGCCGCUUUCUCAACCGCUGUCUGUCUUUCUGCAUUCUUUGGAUAGUGACAACGUACCUCUACACAUUAUCCUUACGAGUGCUGUUUGCAACAGAUGCUAUGGCUCUUUUUGCUACCAAUGUAGCUUGUGUCUAUCUCCUGUCAUGGGUUAUUCUUCAUGAGCAAUUCGUUGGAGUUAGGAUUGUUGCUGUUAUAUUGUGUGACACAGGAAUUGCCCUACUCGCUUACAUGGAUGGCAUAACAGAGAGCUCAACUUUGAGUGGUGUUGUCUUGGCAGCAUUGGCAGCAGCUGGAUAUGCUGUAUUCAGGGUGAUGUUUAGGAAAGUUAUGGGCGAUCCACCUGUCGGGCAGAUAGCAUUUGCUUUCACAACACUCGGAUUUUUGAAUGCAGCAUUGCUUUGGCCUGUUUGUGUUGCACUUUAUUUGACGGGAACCGAGAGUAUGCCCUCGGAUCGAAUGCCAUGGGUCAUCCUGCUUAUUGCUAGUAUACUAUUAUUGGUGUUUCAUAUGCUUACGCAAUUUAGUGCAGCUGUCACCUACAACAUGUUUGUCACACUUGGCCUCAUAACAGCAGUUCCCGUAUCUGGAGCUCUGGAUGUUGUAUUAUAUGGAGCAACAUUUGCUGGCAUGAAAUUGGCUGGUGUAAUACUUAUCGCAGUUGGAUUCUUUUUAGUCAUGUUCCCCGAAAAUUGGCCAGACUACAUAACAAGACUUUUAAGAAAAAGUGGUCGAGCUAUCCUACGUUACCAAUGUUGUUGUGAAAUAGCUGAAAUUCAUUACGUUCAUUCGAUGGGGUCGAGGUCCCCGCAAUGGUUCACUAAGCGGUCAACAUCCGACCACUAUAGACUAUCGGACGGGGUACAUCAGGUCCCAUCUGCGAUCACCCUCUGGCCGUGUGAGAUGACCGAUCUGUCACCAGGUUUGGUUAGCAACAACCAACAACAACAACAUAACCACCACCACCAGCAACAACAUCUUUACCAAAACCAACCGCAUUUCUCUAAUUUUCCAACUGCUCCGGGACAUUAUAAUGCUAAUCUUUAUAAUUCCAGCAGCAGAAUUCCACCUAUUGGCAAUGGCAAUGGAAGACUUUUUUCAUACUUUGGAAAUGAUAAUGAGCGUGAACGCAAGAAGUCCGAGACGUCAUUUUUUAAUUUGGGAUUCCGACGAAAAUCAACCAUCUAUUAUGCAGCAACAGAUUAAAGAUUAAAAGUAGCUUAGUUAUGAAAAAAAAAACACAU